AUGGUGGUAGCAACUCCAAUUCAGAUCGAAAAGAUUCGAGAGGUUGAUGUUCCGGUGAUCGAUCUUUCUUGCAAACAAUCGAAAGUGGCAAAGCUGAUUGUAAAGGCCUGUGAAGAAUAUGGUUUCUUCAAGGUCAUCAACCAUGGCGUCCCUCAUCACAUUAUCAAGAACAUGGAAGAUGAAAGCUUUCAGUUCUUCGAUAAACCCUUGCCCGAAAAGAUGAAACUGGUUGGAUCCGCAGACCCGUUUGGUUAUGGCAGCAAGAACAUCGGUCUCGGUGGUGAUAGAGGAGAGCUCGAAUAUCUUCUUCUUCAAACCAAUCAAAACGCCAUUGAUGACACCUCUAAGUGCAGAUAUGCAGUGAGUAGUUAUGUGGAUGGCGUUCGGGAGUUGGCAUGUGAGCUUUUGGAAUUGAUGGCCAAAGGCUUGGGGGUCCCUCCCUCCUCCUUCAGCCAUUUCCUCAAAUGCUUCAACAGUGACUCCCUCCUCAGGCUUAAUCAUUAUCCACCUGUCACUCACACCUCACAUUCCUCCUUCCAACGUGGCAUCAUCGGCUUCGGAGAGCACUCUGACCCUCAGAUUCUCACCCUCCUCGCAUCCAACUUCGUGCCUGGACUCCAGAUAUCGUUGGGCAAUGGCGUUUGGGUCCCUGUCUCACCGGACCCGCUGGCGUUUUGUGUCAAUAUCGGUGACGUCUUGCAGGCUAUGACCAAUGGAAGGUUUGUGAGUGUGAGACAUCGAGCCAUGGCUAACUCGUUACCUACCCAGUCCAGAUUGUCGAUGGUCUUCUUUGGUGCACCUCCGCCUGAAGCAACGAUCGUGUGCCCACUACAACUGUUGAAACAAAACAAGCCGGUCUAUAGAGCUUUCACUUGGGCCGAGUACAAGUCGCAUACCUAUGCUCACCGACUUGGUGAGGUUAGGCUCGAUCAUUUCAAGAUUAGUGACGACGAAAAGGUUACUUAGGAAAAAGUAAACAAAAGAAAGCGACUCGUUGUAAAUCCUCUCUUUUUGCAAAUCCGU